AAGCCGAAGGGGAGCCGGGAACCCGGAAGUACUUGUCGGCAGAGGCCUGGGCGACUCUUUUGAAUGGAAUCGGGCUGAUUCAUCGCCGGUUCUCGGAGCCAGGUCCUUGUUGAGUGUGAGGCGCUGCUCCCGUCGCCGGGUUGCCGCAAAGCCAGGGGAGAGAGAGAGAGAGAGAGAUAAACUACUUGUGAAAAAUUAUACCUGCCAAAAUUAGGAAGAAUUGGAGUUAAUAAGGAACUUGCCAAAUUCAACAAAUUGAAGCCCAACACUGUAAGAGUGAUAGUCACUGAACAGAAAUAUGGACAGACUUCUUAGACUUGGAGGAGGUAUGCCUGGACUGGGCCAGGGUCCACCUACAGAUGCUCCUGCCGUGGACACCGCAGAACAAGUCUAUAUCUCUUCCUUGGCAUUGCUAAAGAUGCUAAAACAUGGCCGUGCUGGAGUUCCUAUGGAAGUUAUGGGUCUCAUGCUUGGCGAAUUUGUUGACGAUUACACCGUUAGAGUGAUUGAUGUGUUUGCUAUGCCACAGUCAGGAACUGGUGUCAGUGUAGAAGCAGUUGAUCCAGUGUUCCAAGCCAAAAUGUUGGAUAUGCUGAAACAAACAGGAAGGCCUGAGAUGGUUGUUGGUUGGUAUCACAGUCACCCUGGCUUUGGCUGUUGGCUUUCUGGUGUGGAUAUCAACACUCAGCAGAGCUUUGAAGCCUUGUCGGAGAGAGCUGUGGCAGUGGUUGUGGAUCCCAUUCAGAGUGUGAAAGGAAAGGUUGUUAUUGAUGCCUUCAGAUUGAUCAAUGCUAAUAUGAUGGUCUUAGGACAUGAACCAAGACAAACAACUUCAAAUCUGGGUCACUUAAACAAGCCAUCUAUCCAGGCAUUAAUUCAUGGAUUAAACAGACAUUAUUACUCCAUCACUAUUAAUUAUCGAAAAAAUGAACUGGAACAGAAGAUGCUGUUAAAUUUGCAUAAGAAGAGUUGGAUGGAAGGAUUGACACUUGAGGACUACAGCGAACAUUGUAAACACAAUGAAUCAGUGGUAAAAGAGAUGUUGGAAUUAGCCAAGAAUUACAAUAAGGCUGUAGAAGAAGAAGAUAAGAUGACACCUGAACAGCUGGCAAUAAAGAAUGUUGGCAAGCAGGAUCCCAAACGUCAUUUGGAAGAACAUGUGGAUGUGCUUAUGACUUCAAACAUUGUCCAGUGUUUGGCAGCAAUGUUGGAUACUGUUGUAUUUAAAUAAAGCAGCCUAGAGAGCUGUCAGUGCCACUCUGUGUACUUCCUUCAUUGUCCUCCUGCUCACAGUGGAGCUCUGCGGGUGAUGUGGUGGCAUGGCCGUCACCUGUGCCGCUUCCAUCGCAGUUGUGCAGUUGCUUCUGGUUACUUAGUCAGGUUCUGCAGAUUCCAAUGUUGUUCAGGAAUACAUCAAAGUGGACAAAUUUUGUUAAGACCCCAUUUACUAUUUGAAAAAAUCAGUAGCACAAAUAUAUUUUGAUUGUUGCUUACAAAAUAAAAUACAUUUACAAUCCA